AUGCUGCCCCUGCCGCCCGGGCUGCGCCGCCGCCUGCGGGAGGGGCCGCCCCCGCCGCCCCCGCCGCUCCCCUCCCAGCCGCCCCCCCAGCCGCCCCCCCAGCCGCCCUUCGCCUUCGCCCCCCGCCGCCUCCGCCUCGGCUCCCACCACCCGCUCCUCGAGGAUGGGGACGUUCACAGGCACCUCUACCUCCAGGGCGUCCUCACCAGCCUGGCAGAGGUGGCGGAGAGACCCAAGGUGUCUGAAUUCAGUUGCCACAUUUCUGGGUGCUGCCAGGUCUUUGAUACGCUGGAGGGCUACGAGCACCACUACAACACGCUGCACAGGAACGUCUGUUCCUUCUGCAAGCGCUCCUUUCCGUCAGGGCACCUCUUGGAUAUUCACAUCUUGGAGUGGCACGACUCGCUCUUCCAGAUAAUGGCCGAGAAGCAAAACAUGUACAAGUGUUUGGUAGAAGGCUGUGCGGAGAAGUUCAAGAGCAGCAAGGACAGAAAGGAUCACUUGGUCACCAUUCACCUUUAUCCUGCUGACUUUCGGUUUGAUAGACCGAAGAAAGUGAAAAGUGGCCCCAAGCACGUGAGCUCUCCCACGAAGCAGGGUGCCAGCGUGCCGAUGGAUGUGGGUGCGGAGAUGUCGGAGCAAUUCCAGGCAGACCCCAUGGACGUAGGGCCCAGCGAGAACAUGGAGGUCCCUCAGCCUGCAGCCGGCCUCGGCCCCUCAGUGCCAGAGAAACAGCUCUAUAAAUCCAGGAUCCCAUCCACAAUUUGCUUUGGACAAGGUGCCACCCGAGGAUUUAAAGGACCAAGGAAGAAAGUCUGAAGGUCAGCGCACCAGACUUCCGCCUGAUGAGAAGGCACCGGCCACUGCUGCCCGCUGAUGUUCGUGAUGGCACUGAGCGGGGAUGUUUGCAGAUGCGUGUGAGGGUCCCGCUCCAUGUGGGGAGGGCAGAGGGGUGAAACCAGGGAUUGUGCAGCAGCAGUUUGGGAUACAUCCGUACCCAAUGUAGCUCUGCUACCGUCCCUUCGUGUGUCUGUACCACCUCCCUUCAGCAGCAUUUCAGGGCCGGCCUGUCCUUAUAUUUAUCCUUGAGACACAACACUCUCUUUUCUGAUCCCCUCUGAAAUCAAACCACAAAUAAAUUCAUCUGCCUCUGUGC